AGUUUGGGAAUGACCAACGUGCAGGGAACUCGCUCUUCCUUCACUUUGCGCAGCGAUGCAACACAUUCCAGCGCCACACCAGCUUCUACUUGGACCUUCCUUUAAAUGGGGAAACACUGAAACUUGUCUUAUAGCUGUAGGAGAGCUUCAGAGGGACGCAGCGCUCAUGUGAGAUCCAUAAUAAGGAGACAUGUCUGCCAAUCAAGGACUUCUCAACAGCGUCUUCUCCUGUUCUUCUCCUGCCUCCAAAGCCAUAACCAAACGGAGGCUACGCCAAACCCGGAGCCUGGACCCCGCUAUUAUAAGACACGACACCGAGACCGAGGGAGUGAGUGGCGCACCGUUUUAUGGGACGGCGGCGGACGGAGGUGUGUCUCCGGAGCGCUUGGCCGUGAAGCCGGCUUUACGCACCAAUAUUCAGAAACUGAAGGAGCCCAUAACCCCGUCCCUCUCCUCUCCUUCUAUACCUUUGGCUGUUUCUCCAUCCUCCAACUUCCACUUUGACUAUGAUAUAGAGAAACGUGCCAAAAGGAACACCGCCGGGGAUUUACCGUUUCUGGUGAGGGGGCCCGGUACAGCGCCGUCCGGUAGCACCGGCACUCUGUUCUCUCCAAGGAGGUGGCUUCAGAAGAAAGUGCAGCCAUCCAGUUCUCACGCUUACGUUGUGUGGAAAUCAGAGGGUGAUUACACAUGGAGCAGCCUGUCGGGGCGGAGCGUGCGUCUCACGCCUGUUGCCAUCCAAAGUCUGUCUGAGCUGGAGAGGGCCAAGCUGCAGGAAGUAGCCUACACCCGUUUACACCAGGACUAUGAUCUGGGAUGUCAGAUAACCAUGCCAAAAGAUGGACAGAAGAGGAAAAAGUCGCUGAGAAGGAAGUUGGACUCGCUUGCAAAAGAGAAGAGUAAAGACAAAGAAUGCGUACCCCAGGCCUUCAGUAUAGUUCUCUCCCAGGUCAUCGCUAAUGACAGAACACACAGGCAGCGUCAGGACAGCUAUCGUCAGGACCCUUCACAGCGCGAGGAGAACAAGGACUCCUCCGACCUUGUGUCGUCCAUUUUACAGUUUGCCACCAAGCGGCCGUCCACUAAGGAGUUAUCCAGCAGUAACUCCUCUUUGAGUUCCACAUCCGAGACAGCCAAUGAGUCAACUUCACCCAACACGCCUGAGGCUGCACCUCGAGCACGCAGGAGGGGAGGCAUGUCAGUGGACUCGAUCACGGACCUGGACGACAACCAGUCCCGCCUGCUCGAGGCCCUGCAGCUCUCUCUACCGGCCGAAACGCCGAGUAAAAAGGAGAAGCACCGGGACAAAAGGCUGAGCCUCAAUCCCAUCUACCGCCAGGUGCCCCGGGUGGUCGAUAGCUGCUGCCAGCACAUCGAGAAAUACGGUUUGCAGACUGUGGGGAUCUUUAGAGUGGGAAGCUCCAAGAAGAGAGUCCGGCAGCUACGUGACGAGUUUGAUCGCGGCAUUGAUGUCCAGCUGGAUGAGGAGCAAAGCGUCCACGAUGUGGCUGCCCUGCUGAAGGAGUUCCUUAGGGACAUGCCGGACCCGCUCCUCACCAAGGAGCUCUACACAGCCUUCAUCAACACCACAUUGUUGGAUCCAGAUGAGCAGCAUACGGUUACCCAGCUGCUGAUCUACCUGCUCCCAGCAUGCAACAGUGAUACGCUCCACCGCCUCCUGGAGUUUCUGUCCACUGUGACUGACCACGCCCAUGACCGGCAGGACAAAGACAAACAAGAGAUCACAGGGAACAAGAUGACAUCGCUGAACCUGGCCACCAUCUUUGGCCCCAACCUGCUCCACAAGCAGAAGAGCUCAGACAAGGAGUUCAGCGUCCAGAGCUCUGCCAGGGCCGAGGAGAGCAUGGCCGUCAUCGCCGUGCUGCAGAGGAUGAUUGCAAGCUACCAAACCCUGUUCAUGGUGCCGCCUGAUCUGCAAAAUGAGGUUUUGAUGAAUCUAUUGGAGACGGAUCCAGAUGUGGUGGACUACCUGCUGAGAAGAAAAGCAUCCCAGAGUCCCGACCUGUUGCAGUCAGAUGAGCCCUUCGCCCUGAGUGAGCGCCAUUCUUCCAGCGACUCCAACAAGGUGUCCAGCGGCGAGGUGUCCCCUUAUGACAACAACUCCCCAAUCCUGAGUGAGCGCAGAGGAGAGCCAGGAAGCCCAGGCAGCGAGCCACUCUUCCGUGUCCCAGAACAGUACACUCUGCUGGGGCACGUGGCCGGCUGGAGCAGAGAGCCUGGGGCUGACCCUUGGGGUGCCAAAGAUGCUAUAUCAGAGGAACACGCUAACAUUUGGGGGACGUGGCACACUACUCUGAAACCAACACUUAAGGACCAAGCAUACACAGGUUCCCAUGGCAACAUGUCAGAGGGAAGCUCCCGCAGCUCACACGAAGGUCUCAACGAACAACAUGGCGAUGGCAGGCCGCAGGCAACGCUGCAACAGACUCCGACAGCGCCUGGCGUCGUCGAGUGCCGACCCCACCCCCCGGUCACCAGAGUGUGUACCCAGCUCAAGACCGACCCCUCUUUGAUGUCACACCUCAAUUACACGCAAGGCCUCAACCGAGCAAGCGGACACGGACUUAACCCAACCUCGAGACCUCAAAGCGGGUUGAACGCUGGCAAAGGUGGCCCUGCUGUCCGUAAUGACAGCCGCUUUCUUCCCCCUUAUAACGCCCACCAUCGACUGUCUAAUUCCCAAAGUUCGCCUCAGCCCCCAACAGCUCAGCAGCCCCCUCUGCAGCACGGGAGGCUGAGCGCAGCGCAAAGUAACUCUGCCUCAAAGACGGAGAACCAAAUGGUGCCGCAGAGCCCGGAGUGGCAGGACUGGCAGAGGGACCGGUGGCAGAUCUGGCAGCUGCUGUCCUCGGACAAUGCCGACGCCCUGCCUGAAACGCUGGUGUGAUCUCAGACCAUUAACUGCUUUGCUAGCCAAGCAAUGGCAUGAUCAAAACCCAUCCAAGGACAAUCACUCCUUAUCUCUACCUUUAUUUCAUGUUUUCUCUCAGACUGCCUUUCAACCAUCCAUACAUGGAUGUCAUCCUUCUGCGCUUCUCCUGCAUCCUAGCGCCAUGGCGUUGUUUACGUGUGCAGCUGCUGCCUUACAGACUUUUGCAUCCAAGAGCCACUAGUAUUUCUUUUUUUAAAAAGGAUGUUAAAAAGUUGCUUUCCAUAUGUUUUGUCCAUAAUGACAUGAGUUGGGAGCAUAAAAAAUGCCCACCGGAAAUACCUCAAAAAAAUCUAUCCUUUUGUAGUUUCUCAGAAUCUUACCACAACCACAUAGAGUUCACUCUUCAUAUCUCAAUUGACAAUAGGAACACAUGUGUUUAGUUUAGUUUUUAAUUCAUAAAAAAAAUCUUUUCCUCCAUACAGACACCAAGAUGUACCCUAUUAGUAAAUGCUGCUAAACGUUUAACUUUUGUGUGCGGACUGGUAUUGUUGUUCAGCCACACCUGUCUAAAAAUGUAUAUAUACACAAACAUACAUACACUAUAUAUGUAAAUUGACAUGUAAAGUAUAUAAUUUGCCAAUUUACUAAAAGCAAGUCAGCUUUUUAACAGGCAGUCUAAAUGUUGUUUAAUUAUAAAGCACUCGGUUGUAAGUUUGCUUAUAUAUGUGCUCUUGCCACCUGCUGCAAGGAAGGAACAUUGUGCCAAAGUAACAAUUUAGUUUUUACUUCACAAUCUUUCACGUACUGUUCAUUUCAUCCAGUUAAUUUCGGAUAAAAUACUCAAGAGAUUGUGAAGUUGGCUUGUCUUUGUCAGGAAUUCCAUCAGGUAUAA